ACACCGUUCAUUCAAUGGCCUGUAGAGUGAAGAUAUAUCUGUUUAUCCUGUUAGGCGCCCUGCCUUUGGUGUCUCCACAAAUACAUACCCUGUCCGAUUUCAAGCCAGAAACUCUAAAAAUGCAUAACAAAUAUCGAGAAAUACACCAUGUGCCACCGCUAACAACUUCUCAUUAUCUGACAAAGAUUGCGCAAGCCUGGGCCCGAGUAAUUGGCACAAAAAAUACUCUCCUACAUCCGGUUUACAAACGCUCCUAUAGAUUUAAUCUGGCCAAAACGGCACUACCAUUGAACCCGCUGGCCACAAUAGAGGCAUGGUAUAGGGAACGCUCACUCUACAACUAUGCCAAGGGAGUCUUUUCGUACAGAUAUCAUCAUUUCACGAAAAUGGUUUGGCGCUCUUCCAAAUAUAUUGGAAUAGGCCUGACACGCAAAGGUGACCUUAUUUUUAUUGUUGUUGCAUAUGAGCCGGGCGGCAAUAUCGAUGGUGAGUACCGAAAGAAUGUGUUUAGUCCACACGAAACGUAUGUCGUAAAAGAUGUGAGAGCUAGUCCCCAUAAUGAAACCAUAUUGGAAAAGGAGCAUCAACUUAAUAUGAAUGAGACGUUGGCUUUAUUAAAGGAUUUUGCGGACGUGCGUCAAUUACUUUAUGCUUAAAGUAGAAUUAAAAUACGUCUGAUAUGACAUCUAAAAUAUUUUGUAUUCUAAACACUAGUUGUGCAAUUUUUUACUUC